AUGGGUAUUUUAAAGGUAACACUACUGUUAGGAUGUGUUACUACAGUAUUGGGCGUGACAUCUGAAAUUCUCUCACCAUUAAAAACUUCUGGAGUUGAUGCUGCUUUAAUUAUUGUUCCUGGUGCAGAUAUUAAAGGUGGAGCCUACAGACCAUUAGCAAAACACAUCCAAGAAACAUCUGAUUUAAAAUUAUGGGUCGCUUUAUUGGAAGAUUUCCCAUUGAACCUUCCUAAUCCUCUACAGUUGAACGGUGCCAUAUCCCAGGCUGUGUCCAAAAUAAAGGCAGCAGGAAUGAAAACAAAUAAUGUGUUUGUAGCUGGUCACAGUUUAGGAGGUGUAUUUGUUGGUAACUAUGGAAAAAGUAACAGUAAAUUAGUAAAGGGUAUCAUUUUAUUUGCGUCCUAUCUGACCAAAGGUAAUAAACUAGCUGAUUAUCCAGUUCCAGUUUUAACUGUAUCUGGUGAUCUAGAUGGUUUAACAAGAUGUACCAGAAUUGCAGACACUUUUGAAGAACUUAAAGGCGAUGUUGCUAAAAGAAAUGAUGCCAAAUAUAGAACACCAGUUAUCAUUAUGACCGGAGUUAAUCAUGGUCAAUUUGCAUCAGGAACCAUGCCAUCAAACGUACUGAACUAUGAUUUGGCAUCAGAGAUUAGUGCCACUGCAGCUUUUCUCCUGAUAUCUAAAAAUACUGCUGAUUUUAUGGUGACAUCUGUUGGAACCCCUGGUUCAGCAUUGACUUCUGCCAAGUCAAGAUUAGAUCAAGCUUACGCUAGAACUGAUGAUUUCUUGAAACCACUAUUGGAUAUGAAAAGAAAUGAUGUUAAUCCUCAAGGUUCAUCAAACUGGACUAUUUCAGCUCAGUAUCUAAUCUCUGGUCUUGAUAAAUCAGUACUCAAGGUAACCAAUAAGGAAGCAUCUCAAUUACCUUUUGUCGAAUCCAAACCAGAAGUGAAAACAGCUUCUUCUUACGAGUCCAUUAACACUCAUGCUCACCUAUCAUACGCCAACAAUCUGAUGGAUGUAUCAACAGUUAUGAGCGCACCAGACUCAUUAGAUGCUAAAUUAAAAAGUAAAGCCGCCGUAUAUAAGGCAUUACCUAAAGGAUAUAAACCACCUUCUUCUGCCAAUGUAACAUGUCUGGAUAUCAACAAGGCAGUGCCCAGAAAGAGUUUUGUAUUCGGUUGCUAUAUAUUGUUAUGUUUACAAGAAGAUACAUUCCGUGCUUUUCAACAUACAUUACUAUUAAAAUUUCAGGCAGCUUGGUCUCUUGCUUUGAGAAAUUCAUCAAAACUAGCCGUUAAGAGAUUUCAAGACAGAAAAGCACGAGCAAUGAAGUUUGCUAAAGAUCAAGUCUUCUCUACUGGUAUACAAUGGGUUCUUUCUAGUGCAUCAUGGAAAGAGACUACAUCAGAUGUAACUUUUCAAUCAACUGCACUCGUUAGUAAAGUAGAUGCCUUUCCUGCAGCAUUUGCUGGUAUGCACUACUGUAAAUUGUUGUCCCCUUACAGAGCCAUGGAAUGGAUAUAUGUAGACUCUCUCAGGAAAAAGGCACAUAGUAAGGGUUGGCUCUUUGGAUAA